AUGAAUCAGGUGUGCCAGUGUGGUGGUCUUUUUGUUGAUCGACAAGGUUUCAUCUACUACUCUGAUCCAAAUAAUUAUCGUGUUGUAAAAAUCACACCUUUUACAAUGAUGCUGACAGUUGUGGCUGGUACUGGAGGUAACGGAACGGCCGGAUCGAAUCUCGAUCAACUCAGCAAUCCAGGUGGUAUAUACGUUGACACAAAUAAUACUUUAUACGUGGCGGAUACCAGUAACAAUCGAGUGAUGAUGUAUUUAUCUGGUAGUUCACAAGGUACGGUUCUCUUCACAGUUCGAUCUUUAUAUGCAUCUUAUCGGCUAACAUUGGACAAAUCAGGAAAUAUCUAUGUCUUGGCAAGCAGUACCAUUUAUCGAUUCGUUCGUCCAGCUGGCUUUUUAAAAACCAUAGUCUCUAACGGUGCAUUUUCCAGUGGAAUGGGUGGAUAUUCAAAUAUACAACUAGAUACGGCCGGUAAUAUCUACACAUACAUCACUCAAUCGAUGUAUUAUACCGAUACCGGUAUUUGGAAAUACAGUCUCAUAUCCGCCGAAUGUUAA